AUGCCUCGCGACGACAAUUGUUUGGAUGUUUCCAAUCAUUUUCUCAGUGUUGUAAGCCAUUAUAGGGGCUGGUGUUAUGCAUUUUCUUUACUCAUUGACUCGUACGCAUUCUACAACCAGGGAGCUGAACUCAUGGAGUUGGUGAUUGGGGUCUACGACUCCUCACACUCCAAACGCCGGUCAGAUUUGGGAUUAGAAGUCGGAGGUUCAUGGUCAGAUUGGAAGUAUCGAAAAUUAGGAAAUGAAAAUGGAAGAGGCACCAGGUUUGAAUAUCAUUCUCUUCUUCUCAAUAUUAUAGAAUUUGAAGCAGAGAAAAAGGGAUUGAUAACAAAACUACAGGUUGAAGAGAAGAUCUGCUUGGUACCUGACAGGUGUAUGUAUAUCAAGUCAAGUUGUAGAACUUUAUUUGGCCAUGUGUGUGCAGGAUUUGGAGUGGAAUUGAGUUCAUGGUUCAAUUCAUGUGAGUCGGCUGCAAGGAAAAUUUCUUUUUUCUUCACAGAGACAUUUUCAGGUCUUGUUGAUGCGCAUAAUCUCAAGCAAAGUAGCUCAGAUGUUGGGAAGGUGGGCAACAAGUUCUUGUAG